UCAAACUGGUUUUGAUUCGAUAAAGAGAAAGUAGGGCUUUUCACCUGGCGGCGAUAUACCUUCACGGUGGCCCUUUGAUAGCUGCAUCAUCGUCAAUCGUCAUCAUCUGUAGAGCAAGAUGAUCGUAUCGUUGUAUCAGAUUUUACUACAUUAAGAAACAGCUUCGGAAUCAAUCUACCUUCACUCCCGCUAAGCAGGAGCCAGGAUGGAUGAUGGCGUGCAUCGUGAGAACGGGCGGCAUAGGAUAGAUUACUACAAAGGAGUUCAUCCUCAGUGGAAUAUGAUGCCUCAAUACCAAAUGAAGGAUCAAGCUGCCAUGAUGAUGAAUAGGAAAAUCGCCCACAUCUUGACCGAAAGAGAUACCGCUAUAGAAGAGCGGGACCGGGCGUUAUCCGAGAAGAAAACAGCAUUGGAGGAACGUGACAUAGCAAUCCAGCAGCGAGAUACAGCAAUAGCUGAUAGAAACGAUGCGAUAAGGGAAAGAGAUAACGCCAUUGCCGCCUUGCGUUUCCAAGAAACCACCAUGAACACCCAGUUCCAACGAGGAGGAUCCAAGCGGGCCCACCACUCCAAUAACCACCAACACCACCCUGCACAACCGUCAUAUGGGCGGGACCCUCAUGUAACCGAAGCAUUCCCAAUAACCGCCGUUCCAGGUGAACCUGUUAACAAAUCAAAGAUGAUAAAGGAGAACAAGCCUCGUGGCGGUGGUGGUUCGUCGAGAUCGGCUAAGAAACAGAAGAAAGUAGGGGAGGAUUUGAACAGGAAUGUAACCACGGAUGGUUCAAAAGCUGAAUGGGACGCUCAAGAGCUCGGAUUAAUGGACCAGAUCAAUUUCGACGAGUCAACAAUGCCGAUUCCGAUUUGCUCAUGCACCGGUGUGGCACGGCAGUGCUACAAAUGGGGCAGCGGUGGGUGGCAGUCGUCGUGCUGCACCACCACCUUGUCGGUUUAUCCUCUCCCUCAGAUGCCCAACAAACGCCAUUCAAGAAUGGGUGGCCGGAAAAUGAGCGGAACGGUUUUCACCAGAUUGCUUAGUCGGCUGGCGGCACAAGGCCACGAUCUCUCCGACCCUGUUGACCUAAAAAACUACUGGGCAAAACACGGUACGAAUCGCUACAUUACCAUCAAGUAAAUUUACCGUUUUACCCUUCCCAACAUGUACAAGAAGGUUUUUGGAGGAAAAAAAAAAGAAACAUUUGAGCCUAGCUUGUGAGAAAACAAGCUUUGAAUCCAUGGGGGGGAAGGGAAAUCUGUUUAGUGGUGAUAAGUUGUAGGAAUCCUGCAGGUUUUUUUUAGGGUUUUUAUGGAUUGUAUGCAAAUGUUUUGCUGCAUUGUUACUACUGUAAUUGGGCUAUUUUAUGUUCAAUAUCACCUCUAGCCC